AUGCGUUACUCCUACACUGUCUUGGCAUUCGCUGCCACAGCUCUGGCACUUCCCACUGCCAAGCCUGCUGAUGACGGCUCAUGGAGUCCUGGCAAAUACGAGGGCGGCAACACUGGCUAUGAUGAUGGCAAGUGGGCUCCCGGCAAGUAUGAGGGAGGCAACACAGGAUACGAUGACGGCCAAUACCACGGUGACAAGGCCAAGCGCUACGACGAUGGCAAAUGGUACGAUGGCAAGUACGAGGGCAAGCCCGGAACCAAGUAUGAUGAUGGAAAGUGGUAUCCCGGAAAGUACCCCGGUGACAAGUCUAAGCGUGCCGACAAUGGCGAGUGGUAUCCUGGAAAGUACGAGGGAAAGCCCCAGACUCCCUAUGAUGAUGGAACGUGGUACCCCGGAAAGUACCCUGGUGGCAAGGAGAAGCGUGAGGAUGAUGGUAGCUGGUACCCUGGCAAGUACGAGGGUGGUGAUACCGGCCACGAUGAUGGAAAGUGGGAAGAGGGCAAGUACGAGGGUGGCAACACUGGUUUCGAUGAUGGCAAGUACCAUGGCGAGAAGAAGCGCAACGAUGAUGGCAGCUGGCACCCUGGAAAGUAUGAGGGUGGUGACACUGGCUACGAUGAUGGCAAGUGGUACCCCGGAAAGUACCCUGGCAAGGAGUAA